AUGUUUAGUGAAUAUAUCGAGAGAGGUAAAUAUAUUGAAAAGUUAGGAGAUGUCAAUGUCCUGAAGGGUAUCAUAAAUAUUAGAGAUCAAAAAAAACAUGUUUUAUGUAAUGAUUAUAGAAAACCUACAGCUUCUGCUUGUAGACGUUGCAAAAAAUAUUCUAAAGGAUAUUAUAUUAUACAAUUUUAUGCUUAA